UUCCCGUGGAAGUGGGCUUCUAGCCGUUGUAUCUUGAUCGCCAUGCACGAUACACAACAAGAGUAGCACGUGCGCUCACUGAGCAUGUCUUGUUGGCUGCGGACUUGGAAAGGUCCAUGUACCGUGUGACGCUGUCAAGAUCGUGCGGACAUCAUGCAGUAUCUGCUUCUGAUCGGCGCCAUCCUCGUCCUCCUCAUCAUCCUCUUCAUCGUCAUCUUUCUCAUUAUCCGGGAACUCCUUCAAAGAAAUCACCGGCAGCGUUCCCAGCGCCAUGUUGGAUUUCGCAUGAUCAGAAACCAGGCAGAAUUUGACGAAUUCCGACGCGGGAUCUACGUGCCGAGAGCUCCUAUUGUUCGCACGACUCCGGAUUCGGGGAUAGACGAGGCGGAUACGACCCCGAGCAGCGGCGACGUUUAUCAAUGGUCGGCCUCAUCUGGAGGCUCCGCAUCCGUCCAGUCGCCGUUCGGAGAGGCGUCCUUGGAUAUGUCACGUCGACUUAAAACUGUCUCAUUCGCAGACAGCAUUAACUUCUCCCAUGUUGAUUACGAUCAGCCCUGUGACAGCCUGCCAGGUCUGAGUGAUAUUGGAAAGUCGCGUGAUACAGCAGAACCUAAACUGAUGUCAUAUACAAGCGCAGCGCACAGCUUCCGGCAGCAUGUCCCGAAAGCAAAACCAGUCAAACCUGUGCGUCGCACCCUUCCUGACAAGAACCCAGUCAUGCAGGAGAGUCCCAAGAACGAUGGGCCGGAAGAGACUAUUCCCGAGUCUGAUGGCCCAGUUACGUCAUUAUAACUCACAAGCGUGAAAUAAAUGCUU